CCCUCUCUCCGUCUCACACUCUGUGCUGAAGAGCACCAGGAGCUGUGAGCAGAGGAAGCGGGAAUAACGCGGCUCCUCGCGAGCAGCAGAGCCGUUAUGAGCGGGUCAGCGCCUCUCAGCUCUGCCACCGGCUAGCACCGGGAGGAGAGGAGGAGGCGGACGGAGGAAACCGCAAUAAAGGGGUUUCUAAAUAAAUGUCUUUCGCUGUCCAUCUGCAUCAUGCUGUACUUCCAGCUGGUGAUCAUGGCCGGGACCAUCAUGCUGGCCUACUACUUCGAGUACACGGACACCUUCACCGUGCACGUGCAGGGCUUCUUCUGCUACGACACGUCCUACACCAAGCCGUAUCUGGGGCCGGAGGACAGCAGCGCCGUCCCGCCCAUCCUGCUGUACGCCGUGGUGGCCGGGCUGCCCACGCUGUUGAUCACAAUCACUGAAACGGUGUUGUUCCUGGUCCAGUACACAUCCAAAGAGUUUGAUCGCUCAGAGAAGACAGUGGCAACUGGCGACUGUUGUUACCUGAACCCGUUGGUGCGCAGAACCUUCCGGUUCCUCGGAGUCUACGCCUUUGGCCUCUUCACGGUUGACAUCUUCGUCAAUGCAGGGCAGGUAGUGACAGGAAACUUGGCGCCGUACUUCCUGACGGUGUGCAAGCCAAACUACACAGCACUUGGGUGUCAACAGGCGCUGCGCUACAUCAGCCACCAAGAGGCCUGCACAGGGAAUCAAGACGAUGUCCUGAGGGCCCGCAAGACCUUUCCCUCAAAGGAGGCUGCUCUCAGCAUUUACGCCGCUCUCUAUCUGGCUAUGUAUGUGACCUGCACGGUCCAGGCCAAGGGGACGCGCCUGGCCAAGCCCGUCAUGUCUCUGGGGUUCAUGUGUCUCGCCUUCCUCACUGGUCUGAACCGUGUGGCAGAAUACCGCAACCACUGGUCGGAUGUCAUCGCAGGUUUUAUCAUUGGCAUGGCCAUCGCCACCUUCCUGGUGGUGUGUGUCGUUCAUAACUUCAAAGGCAAGCUGCUGCUGAAUGAGGACUCUCCUGCUGAGCCGCAGCCCAACGCGGCCAUGCUAAACAUGGGUCACCUGGACAGUCCUCUGGAGAAGUACAUCGCUUCCCAGGAGACAGAUGAUGAAGAUGAGGAAUCUUGCUAUAUUAAGGAGUGCCUCCAUGUUUUCCUGCGCUGGCUCCAGGGCCUCAGCUGGUUUCAGCACCUCAGAAAUAAAAGGCAAAACAACUUUGAUUUGGUUUGGAAGUUGAUCUCUAGACAAAUCUGCUUCCUCCUCUUUUCUACUGUCUGUGUUUGCUUCUGCUGCUUGGUUACCCCCAUUAACCAGCCACCAGAGGUUAGUUUACCUUUAGUGGUUGGUUGAUCAACCACUAAAGAUAAACCAACUUUAAAUCCUUUCCAUCUCACUGAAGCAUUGAACUUUGAUCUGUAUUGAACUCUUCUACUCUAAAGUAACCAAGUUUCUGUAGCCAUAUUCUGUAGCCAUCUUGCUUGAAACCGCCAUUGGAACAGCUUAUGAUAACAUUUUCAAUGUGAAUAUUCAGUGAGAAAUCACAGUCCUCUCACUAAAUCAAUGACAAAUGAUUUUGUCAUUUUCCAAUUCAGUUUAUAAUUCUGGUUUUACAGAGUUUUGAUGCAGGCUACAUGGAGCAUCCACUUUAAGCUGCCAUCUUGAUUCUCUGUUCCAUACCGAAAAGUCAUAUUUUAAUAUUUUAAUGAUCGGCCUUGUGAUUCAUGCUGCCCCUGCUUCCACACAGUUCUUAUAUAACUUUCUGACCACCAACAGGUGGCAUGAUUAAUGCAGUGAAUCCUAUUAAAAACAUGCAACUGGAGAAGAAAACAUGUGUCUUUGCUUCCAGCCCGCCUGUGGCUUAGUUUUGGUCGUGUUAAGUGGGAGUCGUUCUGUUCUCAACUUGUUAUAAAUUCUCAAAGACAGUUAAAUUUUUACAUUUUUUACCUGAUUCACAAUCAUUUAGGCAACAAAUUUCAGAUUUUUACUUGUUAAAAUUGUAGAGUUUCGAGCUGACUGAGUUGGACUGAAAAUGUGACAUCAGAAGAUUGCAAGUCAUUGAUUGGAUAAGGGGAGGAGUCACUGGUUGCUUCACUUCUCCACUGGCAUCCUUUUUCGCCUCUCUUCUUUUUUAGAAAAAUCUACAAACUGAGCAGACUAGCACAGCUUGGUUGUGUUGUAUUUGAUCAGACUCUGGUUUACUAUGUGAUUCCAGCUGAAAAAAAGGUUGUUACAAAUAGUUUGGAAAUCAAAUUUUUGCACCCCUAGAGAUGACUUUAAAAGCAACUCUCAUACAGAAAAAUCUAGAAAUCCAGAGAACCUACUGAAUAUGAAAGCAGGAAGUCCUAGAAGAUGACUUGUCCAGGAAACAAUGUCAAGCAAAACUACAAGUGACCUCCUGUACCUUUUUUUUAACAGACCUCUUUUCUUUGGUUACAUGUUAAGGAAAUAGAUAAAUCUGACCUAAUGUGAAACACUGAGUCAAUCAAGAACAAAUCAAAAUGCAUUUUGAUUAUUAUUUUAUUAAGAAAUUAAGCAAAGAAAAUGAGCAAUGACUCCCCUGGCUACUCCAGGAAAGUAGGAAAAGAUCCUACUUGCGAUGUAGGAAAGUACAUUGCUUUUAAUAUUCAAGAAAACAUACACCAACCCUAGGAUACACCAGCCCUCUGACAAAGAGGGCUGGUGUAUCCCACCAGAUUCAGUUUAAUUCACAGCUCUGGUAUUUGCACCUACAGACUGUGACCCUGGACGGUUCAAACCCAGUUCAGAAAUACCAUUUAUUAUGUGUUUCCAGCGAGCUGCCUCCAACAUGAAGGGUGCUUCAUAGAUAAAAUUGAUUGAUUGCUUGAUUGAUUUAAAUAAAACAAAGUUUUGCCAUAACAUAUAUGCUGUAUUUACAGCGGUUAACCAACCUGUUGGACCCUAAGGGGGUAUAAAUAAAUUUCUGCCUGACAAAAACACACAAAAGUAAAUCACUUACAGCCUCAGAGCUAUUAGAUUUAAGAAGAAACUUUUGGUACCUCUGUAAAGGUAAGAUGUCAUAGAAUGGUUUUCUGGUGUCAGCACCAUUGUAGCUUUGACCCUGCCUGAAAUAUUAGGGACAAAAUACAAAAUAUUUUGCAUUUUUUGAACCUCGCCAAAAUUUUCUUUGAAAUAAACAUUGCAAAACACUACCAAAAUAUUAUUUAUAGCACAAAAAAGUAGUACAGACUUUUAAAUCUAAAUGUUGUGUAAAAGUAUACCAAAUUUGGACUCAAUCAGAUGAAUCAUAUUCAUUUUAGAAUGGUAUUAGUGAGAAAUUUCUUAGGCGGAGAGGCCAUUUUGGCACAUUUAUCCAAAAAUGUGCCAAAUGUGCCAAAUGUGUUUAUUACAUCAAUACUGGGGGUUUGUUAAAAUUAAAUAGCUUAUUGCCAUCUAAUGACACUUUCUACAUAUAAUAUAACCAUUGGUCAUGACAUUUACCCCAUUUAUAUGCAAAAUGUACCAUCGUGUACAGUAUAAUAUGUAUAAUAAUGAUGAACUAAAAGCUCUUUCUUUGACUCCAAAUAGAAAACUUUUAUUGAAACAAGGUAAAACAGUCAAAAAUACUUUUUGAAGUAAUUUCCAAGAACAAAUAAACAAUUUUGCAAUUUUUUUGGCAUAAUGGACAUCUUACCUCAAAGAAGAUGAAGAAUCAUGAGAUGUGGGGGGGGAGGUUCAGCUCCAUCUGAGCUUGAUGGUUCAGCUUCCACUUGACUAUAAAUAAAAAUAAAGUAUUUGAAGAAUUAGAGGUUUAUUACAAAGUAAACAUGAAAUCCUUACUAGUAAAAUAAAACAUAUUUUAGUAAAACAUAAAUAAACAAAUAACCACAUGGUUUUACUUCCUGCCGUUAUUACAAGCAUAUAAUCAAAUAAAUAAAUAAAUAAAUAAAUAGAACCAAAACAUCAAAUAUUUGUUGUGAAAUUGCGGGUGGAAACUUACAGAUCACCGAGAUCAAGUCUGUCAGCUGUCUGUCAGCUGUGUCCGGCUCUCAGGGGGUCUCUCCUCUCCGGCUCUCUCCUCUCCGGCUUUCUCCUCUUCCUCCUCCUCCGAAUCCCACUAGCUAUAAGAAUAGUUUUCCAGCUCCACAUCGCUCCGAAAUAUUUCUUACAGCGCCUCCACAUCUGACAUCUUCCUCUGCGCCAUUGCAGUUGAGCUAAUUUUUGCUAGAGUUAGCUCCGCUCGUAGCAAAUCGAAAAACCGUUGUUCUUUCGCAGAACGCACAAGUGAAAUGAUAAUUCUUGCUGUACACACCUUAUUUGAAUGCUUCGAACUACGCCCAUCGACACCUAUCCCGAAAAGAACCAUUCACUGAGCGCAUUUGAAUAGCGCACGCAGUACGCACAGAGAGCGCAUAGAUUACGCACGCGUUUAGGUCGUGUUCCGGAAAAUACGUCAUGAUUUUGCAUAGCCGACAUUUUGUGCCAAGCUCUGAGAGUCUUUCCACUGUCUCGUGAAGACACAAAAUGGUCGUGAUGAUCAGCGGAUCCGGUGUUUUCCGGGCAGUUGCGUCAUCGCCCGAAGACCUUUAAAUCUCAUCAGCGGUUUUUAAAUAGCUCUAAAAUCUUAACAUUUUGGGCAAAACCUUUAUGCGGAAUAGUUUUUGAAAGAUUAAAGCCUCUUUUAGCGGAUAAUAAUUAAAAAAAAAAAUUAAAGGCACGUAAAGCCCUUGUUUACAGAGCGAGCCGAGGUCAGGUGACAGCUGGACCCACCGGUGGGUCCGUCGGGUUUAACUGCCCUAUAUAAGGUCUAUAAGUCAGAAGAAAGGUAAAAAGUCGGUAACAAGUUGUUUAUAAACCAAAUUUUUCAAAAAAAGAUAUUUCUUCAAUGCAAAGUUGAAUCAGAUGAAGGAACUAAGCGUCAGGAACCGUUCUCAUUUUACUUUGACACACUGCUACUAGUGCAGUGUUUUGAAUAUCAUAAGAUUCACUUCAUUUUAUUUUCAUAAAAAUCUGAGUAGUCCUACGUGUGUUUUCCCUUGAGUUCCACACCAAACAUGAAGAGAAAAUGUCCCAUAGUGAGCACCUGCUGGGGUUUAGAUGUAAAUGCAUCUGUAAGCAUCCAGAAACUCAGCAGGCCUAGAUUAAAGAACAGGGUUAAUGAGAUGCUUCAUUCUACAUGAAUAGAGGAAGAACAUCUUUCAAAAACAUCAGUGUUUCCUGUAAAAAUUAACAUAGGUCUAGAAUCAGAGGCAGAUUCAUCCAAUCUGAGCACAGUAUGAUAAAAACAAACACAAGAGUCCACAUUUACCGUCAGACUAAACCUUAUUCAUUAUUCCACCUCUUUGGUCUGUGGCCCAGUGGGACUUUUCCGGAUUUAGAAAAUAUAUUUCUAAAUGAUUUAAAAGUAAAAUAAUUUCACAAGCUAUUUAUCACUUGUAGUGAUAGAAAGCUGCAUAAUCACUUGCAGAAAGCUGCCACAGCAUCAGAUUUGACCUGUGAUCUAACUAAACUCAGAUCACUUAAAAGCUAUGUUCAGCUUUUCAUCUCUAGCUAAUCUACUAUUUAUUUAUGUCCACUAAACACUGUUUGAAACAUUAGUUUUCAUCUUAGAAUAUAUACACAGUUCCAAUUCACAGAUUAUCUAAAUAUAAACGCCUUAUAAUGUUGCAGUGGAAACAAGGUGCAAGAACUAUAUGUUACUAUAUAGAGUAAUAUUAAAUAUUAAACCACAAAUAUCAAAAAGAAAAUUUUUAAGCUAUUAACUUUAGCAAUAUCUGUGGCUUUUGGGCAUGUUGGAUAAUGGAUAAUUACAACUGUCAGGUUAGACUUUGCUCUCUUGGUUAGUUUUUCUACUGUUUCUUUGAAUCUUAGUCAUCUAUUCAUCAUCUUUAAAUAUCUAGAUGCAUUUAGAGGAUCUCUGGAUUUACAGUGGACUUUUCUCAUCUUGUUUUUUACUCCAAAGGAAAAUUAAACUGCAACAUGUAUCAAAUAUACAGCAUAUAUCUGAUGACUGUUUUCCUACAGAGUGUGUGCUCAGUGGCCUGACAAAGAGCAGAACAUUUCAUGCUUACCUCGGCUAUGAGAGGCUUGGAGGAAAAUUGCAUGAUCUAAAAAUAGCAGAGCCUAAAGAUGACUGAGAGCUAAACAGGCCACAGUGAACAAAAUGCCACGGCACGAGGAACCCUUAAGUCAUCCAGUAUGAACAAGUUAAACCAGGGAACUCAAAUAUAAAUACUGAAGGUCAUGAAUUCACUUUUCAAGCAGUCAGAGGUCCAUUUAUUAUGAACGGUCAACCCACAAAUUUCUUUCUACACAAAACAAUAAACAUAUGGAAAUAAAAUAUAAUUUUAAACUACUCAUAAAUUUACAUACUUAAUCAAGAAACUCCUGCAAAAAAUAAAAACAAGUGUGACGAGGGGUUUAAAAAACAUUCUAUAUAAAAAUGGCAAAAUAAAAGGGCAAAAAAAAGGAGGUGGGCCAUGGAAUGCAAUUCUAGGAUGUCAUGAUUGGUGAGUGAUGGUUGUACCCAAAUGCAGAACAGCAGGGGGGUGGAGUAUGUGAAGACAUUAAUUGAACAUAAAGAACAAAACUUACAAAUAUCCCAGGGAGCCAGGGCAGAACACAAACCAUAACCAGCAAGGAGACAUGAGGAAAACACGAUGUCAAGUGGGGAAGGCAUGCUGUUGGCUGGCAUCCACAAGGCGACCAAUCCAGGAGCACUGCUUAUUUUUUUUGCUCUACUAAAAAGAGUGGAGCAAAGAAAGACUGACACCCAUUACAAGAGAACUUUUAAAGGGUGUGAGGAACACACUCAGUGCCUCACUGCUGUCAUUUUCCCCACUAAGCCAGAGAAUUGCUUUUUGCUGCUCUGAGUUCUUAAGAAAAGCUACUGAAUGUUGCCUGUGCUUGUGUGCAGAACAUCCAUCCAUCCAUCCAUAACAGUUGUUCAGAUUAUUCAGCCGUCUUAGGCUGUCUGAAUGUGUUCUGGAAGGGUUGCCAAGUAGGGCUUCUGUUGUGCUGCUGAGGGCCUUUAAUCUGCAACAAUGGUGUUACCUUAAGGGGAUUGUUUGAGAGGAGUGGCCUCUCAGUGGUUGUUCCUGGAUUUCUCCUAUGUACACAAAGUGGUUUAAAAAUGUCCUUGGUUCCAGGGGACCUUGGGCCUGAGGUCCAUGACCAGGUUGAUAGCUGCUGCUGCUUAUCAGACAUUCAGGGUUAUGAUAUUAAGAGGAAGAGCAUGGCGGAACUGUCAGCCAAUCACCAGACAAUGAGAUGCAUCUGCUGGAAGUGGCUGCUGAAGAAACCAAGUACACCCUACGGACGGGUGAGGGUUAAUUUGGAAUCCUGGCAGAGGAACCUUUUCUUUACAUCGUCAUCUCACUCCCCCAGGAGGAUUUCUGUCCUGAACGCGUCCUGGAGCUACAGAGAGAAAUAUAUGUAAGUUCAAGAACUUCAGGAGAAAUUCUUUACUUUCCUGGAGGAGAUUGAGGAUGUAGUUUCAGAAUGAGCCCUAUUCAAGACCUCCACCGAAGGUCAUUUUGGUUCUGCCACAUUUACAGCCCUUGUUGGACACCACUGUUGAAGGAAGCUGAAGAAGGCCUCCAGGGAUUGGUUGCUCCCAGGGACUUUGAACAGGAGACAGAUACCGAGUGGUCAGAAGAACAAUGACUUUGUGGUGGGCUAAACCUCAGGACAGGGAGGAAUUUUGAGGCUAUAGUGAAAAAGUUUUAUUUGGCCAAUCUGUUUGACAACUUAGAGUAGGUGGGCCUCAUUCCAGGCUGUGCUUGCUUUGAGGGGUUGAGUUGAGACUAUUGUCAGGUUGUAGAGGAAGUACUGAAAGACUUCUCAAUCUGGACAUCAUGUCCUUGUUCAAGCAGACCACCACACCUUUCUCAUAAAGCUUUCUGCGGUUGAAUCUGCUGAACCUUGUUGGAUGUUUGUUGUAAGUAGCUAGGAAUCAUCUUGCUUACUUAGGUCAGGUGUCAUUCUUUCAGGAGCCCAGUUCACAACAAAUGCCAUCUCAAAGAGUUUUCAUUUACUGGUAAUAUUGGAAAUUCUCUCUCAGGGCCUGCACAUUUCCUGUCUCUUUACUCAGGCCCCACAGCCAAAAACUACGUUGGAGAUGGUUAAACUCUUUUCUGCUGCAUGUCUGGCAUGUCUUCAGAUUGAAGUGUUUCUGUGCAAGGACGUUGCUAUCUUCAAAUAAAUUUCUCGAGUUUGGAACCUGGUGUGCCGUGGAAAGAAUUUCCUAUUAAAGCUUUUUGAAUAAAAAUCUAUUUUAUCAACUUUGAAUUUUUCCCUCUUAUUGCUGUUUGACAUUGCAUUCCUUCUUCCUCUGUAUGUCUAAGUUCGGUGCUGUUGAGAACAGACUUCAUAGACUGAAAACUGAGUUUUCCUUCAAACUCUGAUUUAAAGUGUAACUCUUUCUUUCAAAUAUUGAUUUUGCUCUUCUACCUGUUUUCUAGAAUCACAUCGCCUUCGCUGAGGUCACAUGAUGUGGAAUCAGCUGUAUGGCAGACCCAUUGGACGUCCACACUCUUUACCGUCCAGUCUUAUUAACCGGAGUGCAGCAGUAAACCAUAUGUGCGUGUGUGGGUGGGGGUGUACAUGUGUGUGUGUGUGUGUGUGUGUGUGUGUGU